AUGUUCCAACUCUAUGUAUUCCUAUGCUUUCUGGCGAGCCUCCAGAGUCGUGCCUCGAUUAUCGGCCCAGUUUCUGACCUCGUCGUCGCCAAUGGCAUUGUAUCCCCAGACGGGUUUACCAGAUCGGCAGUUCUUGCUGGUGGCACUCAACCCGGGCCCACUAUUGUAGCUCAGAAGGGGGAUACGUUCAAGAUUAACGUCACGAACCAAUUGACUGACGACUCGAUGCUAACGAGUACCAGUAUCCACUGGCAUGGACUAUUCCAACAUCACAGCAACCAAAUGGACGGCGUGUCAUCUGUCCAAUACUGCGAUGGUCUACGAGGUCCGCUGAUCAUCUACAAUCCCAACGACCCAUACAGUUCAUGGUACGAUAUCGAUGACGAGUCUAGCAUCAUCACAUUGAUGGACUGGUACAACUUGCCAUCGCCUCUAGUACAGAGACAACUAAUUGCCGACUCGGUGCUUAUCAACGGUGUCGGGCGUUAA